AUGUACCAGCAGGCAGAGCCUGUACGUUUCUCGGGCCCCGGCAGCGGUCAAACCGGCCGCCCGGCGCCCCAACCCCCGCCUGCCCACCCGACGGGUCCACCCGGGCCGGUUCGCCAUGGCAAGUUGCGAGAAGACGACGAAACUUCCUCGCACACGUACGAAAACGCCGAGACGGUAAAACGUUCCGCAGCGUACACGCCAGCAGACCGCACGUAUCCGGGAGUACCAGUCGGCCGCCGCGGUCUCCGUAGCUUCAUCCGGUCCCACCGCAGCUGUCUGGCCACCGGCAUCGCCGUGCUACUGAGCUUGGCCGCUGUGGGACUCGUCCCUCUGACGUUCAUCAACAAACAGGAAAUAUCUCAAUUGGCCACCACUGUUGGCGCCUUGAAGCACAACCAAGACAACAUGUCCGCCACUGUUGACGUCUUAAAGCACGGCCAAGGCAACAUGUGCACCAAUGCUAACGCAUUGAAACGCCAUCAAGACGACGUAGGUCAACUAUCCACCGCCGUUGACGCUUUACAACGCGACCAAGACGACAAAGGUCAACUGUCCACCACUGUUGACGCCUUGAAGAGCGACCUUGACAUUGAGCAACGCCGAACCACAGCCUUGGAGCAACGUCUUCAAGAGAUGAAGAAGACUUUACUUUCUUGUCCCGGAGGUUACAAGACAUUUCGUGGAACCUGCUACAAGGUCUUCGACAUAAGGAAGUCCUUCGACGAAGCGGCCGCGACCUGUGGUGCAGACGGCGGCACCCUCGCCAUGCCCCGAGACACCGAGACCAACGAAUUCCUCAUCUCCCUGUACAGGUCCGUUAGCGGCAGACUGUUCUGGUUUGGCCUGCACGAUCGGCGCAAAGAGGGUCGCUUUGAGUGGGUUGAUGGUUCUCCACUUGGGGAGUACACCUCAUGGGCUCAGGGAGAACCAAACGAUGGUGGAGGAAACGAAGAUUGCGUUCUUUACGCCGGCCAUGCAUGGUUUGGAAACAGAUGGAAUGAUGACAAAUGCGACAAACCGACUUACUUCUUAUGUCAGGCAUCUCCAGUUACUUCAGAUUCGGGAUCAGAUUAA